UUUAGAUCAAAAAGGCUUCUAUUCGCAUUUUGACCAUCUCAUUCACGGCUCGAUCAAGUGUGAUGUUGUUAGGGGCUUGUGUGGGCGCGCGUGUGUGGUGGGAGGUGUACCUCUAAUGCCACGCACUUGCGCGAAUCACUCUAUAGUGCAACACUGCGCGAGGCGCGGCGGUAUUUACCGGCCGGCUCCCGAAAACACUGCAACUUCUUUAGCUUCGUAAAUGGGAAUAGGUGUCGCAUCGCUGCGUUUGCGAAGCGUUUACGCGGAUCUCGUGUCCUCCGGACCAACGGCAACAAAUGCAAACUUGAAUCUUGGCAAAUCUACCGGCAAGGGAAUGCCCACAAGUGGAUUCAUGAAUUCUGUACCGUAGCGGAAAGCCGUCGUGCUGGGCGCGGUGCUGAACUGGACCCACAGAUGAAUAAAUGACACCGCAUAGAUGAUGGAAUAUACAAAACUGUAUUUGUGCAUUUGAAACUGUUUGCAAGUGCUGAGGUGUGCAUGACCGAUCCACUGUUGACAUACUGUAUAAUAAACGAUAUGUACUGGAUUGAUUUAGUGAAAUCAACUUCUGGCUUUCAAAAGAGAUAUUUAAGGGGGAAAGCGAUGCUCUCUUGGUUGACCUAGGCAUACUGUUAGUACUUAUCCUCGAUCGGAACAACGACGCAUUAGUGGAAUGUGCAUGAACCUGCAAAGACGUGACUGGUGAUAUCUUCUUUUGUCAUGUUGCGAUUUAUGUCAUGAAUAUAACCACAUACAUGUACCUACAUUAAUGCAUUUGGCAGACGCUUUGAUCCAAAGUUACUUACAGUGCAUUAUAAAGUAUACAUUUUAUCAGUAUGUGUGUACCUUGGGUUCGAACCCAUGACCUUUGCGUUGCUAACGCAAUGCUCGUCCAGCUAAGCUACAGGAACAUGAUACAAAUAUCAAGUUCAUUAAUAUUAAGUUGUUGAUGUUAAAAAGUGACAACUAUUGCCACAUGCAAGUAACAUAGUAUUUUAUUCAUGAAAGUCAAUGCAGCACAAACACACUGAUGCCCCGGAUUUCUGAUGCUGGUGACCAGGCGGUGGGAGAGGCUCGCGACCUGCACGUUGUUCUUUGCGCUGUUGCUGCAUUCUAGGAUGUUGCGACAAGUGUUGCACGAGGGGCUCAGGACGUCAUUCCACAAACUGGGCCACUUUGUAGCCAAUCACCCGGUGUUUUUUGCCUCCGCGCCCGUGCUCGUUUCCAUCCUGCUCGGCGCGAGCUUCAGCCGGUACCGCAUAGAGGAAAACGUGGAGUACCUGUUGGCUCCCAAACACAGCCUGGCGAAGAUCGAGGGGAACUUGGUGGAUAGUUUGUUUCCGGUGAACAGGUCAAAACACACGCUGUACUCGGACCUGCAGACACCAGGGAGAUAUGGCCGGGUCAUCGUGACCUCGCGCAGGGGAAACGUGUUGGACCCUCACCACGUCAAUUCUGUGCUGAAGCUCCACAACACAAUAACCCAGAUCCAGGUCCCUAUGCUGGGCUUCAACUACACCUUUGCCCACCUCUGCCUGUUGGAUGAUACCAAGAGCUGCAUCAUAGAUGACAUCCUGCGAGUUCUUGAGGAGAUGCGGUCAGCACGGGCAUCCAACCGUUCCACAAUUCCUCUGCGUUACCCCAUCACCAGACUUAAGGAUGGGCGAGAGGCGUACAUAGGGCACCAACUGGGCGGAGUCCAAACAAGUGGAGGACGAGAUGGAGUGCGGUCGGCUCGAUCCCUUCAGCUUACGUACUACCUGCAAGCCGCCAGCCCGCUGAACGAGGUGGUGGCGGCCCGCUGGGAGCUGCUGUUCUGCAGGGAGCUGGAAAACUUUGGAACGGCUCAUCAGGAGCUCGGCCUGUACCCGUUCACCUCCUCUUCUCUGCAAAGGGACUUCCAGAGGACUAGCCGGGUGUCGGAGCGGCCGCUUCUCUUCAGCCUGGUUGUUUGUCUUUCGCUGGCCAUGCUUUGCUGCUCGAUGCGGGACUGUGUCAGGACUAAACCCUGGCUGGGUCUGCUAGCCUUGGUAACCGUCAGCCUCGCUACGCUCACCUCUGCGGGAAUAUUCAACCUCACAGGUGGAAAGUACAAUUCAACAUACCUCGGCAUCCCUUUUGUCAUGUUGGGACAUGGCUUGUUCGGCACAUUCGAAAUGCUGUCAUCUUGGCGGCGGACUCGCGAGGACCAGCACGUGAAGGAUCGCGUCGCAGCUGUUUUCUCAGACUGUAUGCUGCCGUUCACAGCCAGCACAGCCUUGCACGUGGUCACGUUCGGAAUCGGGGCAAGUCCAUUCACAAACAUUGAGGCCGUGCGUCUCUUCUGUCAAAACGCCUGCAUCUCUGUACUCUUUAACUACCUCUACAUCCUCACCUUUUACGGUUCCAAUCUGGUGUUUGCCGGCUACCUGGAAAACAACUACCGUCACAGUUUGUUCUGCAGGCGCGUUCCCAAACCAGAGUUGCUGCAGCAGAAGCCGUCAUGGUAUCGCUUCCUCAUGUACACGCAUUACAACGAGGAGGCCACGGACACUGGACCUCUGCGUGCUUACGAGAGUCACCUACUUGUAGCCUUCAUGAAGCGGUACUACUGUGACUGGAUCACCAACACGUACGUUAAACCAUUCGUGGUUCUUUUCUACCUGGUCUAUGUGUCCUUCGCCCUCAUGGGCUACCUUCAGGUCAGCGAGGGGUCUGAUCUUAGUAAUGUGGUUGCUACAGAAACAAGCACUAUAGCAUACACCCGUGCCCAACAGCGGUACUUUAGUAGUUACAGCCCUGUGAUUGGCUUCUACAUCUACGAGUCCAUUGAGUACUGGAACACCAGCGUGCAAGAAGACCUACUAGAGUACACCAAAGGAUUUGAACGUAUCUCCUGGUUCGAGAGUUACCUCAACUAUCUACACGGUCUGAACAUUACGACAAGCCUGUCACGCAGCAACUUCACCGAACACCUGCGAUCUGGAUUUCUUCGCCAACCCUGUUACGUGCAUUUCUCGGAUGACAUCAUUUUCGCCAAGCGCGUAGAUGGGGAAUUUGAUGUGGUGGCUUCCCGUAUGUUUCUUGUGGCCAAGACGACAGAAAACAAACGAGAGGAGAUGUCCGUCCUUCUGGACACACUGAGGAAGUUGUCACUGACCUCCAGGGUGAAGUUUAUUAUCUUUAAUCCAUCCUUUGUGUAUUUGGAUCGCUAUGCUUCAUCGGUCGGCGCACCCUUGAAGAACUCAUGCAUUGCUGCAGUUUUUCUGCUGUUUUUUUCCACUUUUUUGGCAGCUGACCCACUGGUAAAUGCCUGGCUGACUGUGACAGUGGCCUCUGUUGAGUUCGGGCUGGUGGGUUUCAUGACUCUCUGGCAGGUAGAGUUGGACUGCGUCUCAGUGUUGUGUCUGAUCUAUGGAGUAAACUAUGCCGUAGACUCCAGCGCCCCCCUAGUGUCUGCGUUUGCUCUAGGCCGGGAAUCUACCCGUACGCGCUGGGUUAAACUGGCACUGGAGCGGCAUGGAGUGCCUGCCCUUCAGAGCUACCUCUGCUAUGGGGCUGCUCUGCUCCCUUUAGCAGCCGUGCCCUCAAACCUCACUCGCACGCUUUUUAGGUGCCUCUUUCUAACCGCCAUCAUCACAGCCUUCCACUGUUUGGCCAUCCUCCCUGUCCUGCUCACCUUCCUGCCUCCCUCCAAGAAAAAAAGACGAGAAAAAAAUAAUGCUGCUGAAAACAGGGAAGAGAUUGAAUGUGUGGAGAUGGAGGACAGCACACGUGUGGUUGAUCAAAUUACCACUGUCUGACAUCGUUGAGGUUGCAUGAAAAAUAGGGAAAAAACCACAGCACCCCCACGGGGUGACGAAGGGAAGCCUGAGAGUUAUCCACUGUGCAUCUGGGCUUCCAGUUCAUUUACCUAAAAGCCCCUAGAUGGCUUUUAGGUACUUUAUGAGUGUACUACCGUAUAAACAAGCCCACCUUUUUAAGCAAAGCUUGUUUGUGAUGGUAAAAGCAGUGAAUGAGGACAAACCAUUAAAGAUGGGCUCUGUUGUCAAUAUAAUAGCACUGUGCAGGUUUUGCUGCAGCUCAGCAACCAAUGCUCACAAUAAGAGAGGCAGAGAAAAAGAGAGAGGCCAGAUAAACCACAUUGGUGCGCAGUUGCAGAUAACCAGAAGAGGGCUUUUCUGAUCUGCAAUCUUGCAGUUAUGGGAGAAACUUUAACAAGCUUACACUUUAAUAAAGCAUCAAUAACAUAACGUCUCUGGUACCAUAAUGCCCUACACUCUCAGAAAAAUGUACAAAAGCUAUCACCAGGGCAAUUAUCUAAAGACAAAGCAGCCAUAUUCAUAUCUGAUGAUAGCCAUCAGUUUAAUGCACCUGAAAUCAUAUUUUUUUGGAGACUAGGUGUUUUAAAGAGAACAUCGCUGGGGAUUUAGUGGUAUUAAAAUCAUACAUUACUCAAAGAGAUUGGAAGGUUCCGGAUAUCUUCAUCCAUUACCAUUACAUAAGUCACCUUCCCCACCCUGACCAUUUCUCAAAGGCAAUGAAUGCUGAUCUUCCAUAAAAGGAUGUAUAGGGAAGAUAAAAAUGGGAGGGAGAAAGGGAUGAACAGGACGGGGAGAGGUAAAGAGAUACAGGGAGGCAAGAUUCUGCUGACAGGUUGCCCAUGCAGUGCUUCCAUGGUAACCCUGAUAACAGCUUUGUUGCAUCGUGUAUGUAAAAUUUCCCACUUGCCUAAAUUCAACGAGGUUGUUUGUUACCAGUCAAGUUUGGAGAGUAACCUUUUGAAGGAUUUAUUCUGUUUAUCCUUUGUUUGCCUUUCAAAAUGCUGAAAAGCACCUUGUCACAGACGAGGGUCCUUAUCAAUAUGCAUGAGCCACAGUCCCUUUAUUUUCACCUUCUUUGCCCUCUGUCUAUGAGAGGCUUUAAAAGAGUGACUGAGAACAGUGGGGUGGAAAAGAGAAAGAGAGGGGCAAGUCACAGGAAAAGAGCAAUUGGCUGAUAAAAGCCACUUAUUUUUCAAAUGCUCCUCGCCCCUUAGACAACAGAUGUCAAAUCAAUCAUGGGUAAAUGGUAACCCCUUUAGCCCUGACUCUCACUGUAUCUCUGCAGCAGUUACAGUAUUUCCUGACUGCAGCUAAAGGCACGUCCGCUUAUGUACGCUUUUAGUCUCUUUUUCACCUCUGUCAAGUACAGGUGAAGUGUAAACGCUGAUGCCGACAGGUUUUCAGCGACAAGCAAUCUGCGUCCGUCUACAUUACAUCUGAAACUGCUGCGUGGCAGCCAAUCAGGAGAUAUUUCAUGUUUAAUGUUUUGUUACUUUUAACGGGAUGUCGGACCAGCCAGAUUUCAUGGUGGGCAGGGCUACCCAGUGCAACAUCGCAGAAAUAAAAAUGAAGUAUGUCCUGUCACUUUUUGUGCUAGUUUAGGACAAAUCUAGCUAUGAUGGAGGAAACUGUGCUUUGUCGUUUUAUUGUGUCACAACUGGUUAGUACACGGUAUACCUUUGGGACAAUGUGUUUGUGGUGUAAGAGUAUUUGAGAGCUGAUGCUAGACUGCUGCACAGCUAACACACACACAUAGUCACUUUAAUGUGUAUAGGGAUGCGUCGAUAUAUAUCGGCCUAUAGACAGUUUCAGCAGUAACAAACGGCUUUGGUGGAACAAACGUAACUUUCGUUUACUCCACAAAGGAAUCAAUAACAACAGAGUAUUUUAUUUCUGAUAACAAGCAAAAUAAACAACACUGAGCUAACGUUACUGUGUAUAUUAUGUAUGCAAUCUUAACUACAGAUCAGCUGCCAAGCCUCCUUUCACAUAGCGGUGAUCCAUGAUUCCCGUCUCCCCUUAUCUUUAGGAAACCAAAACAUUUGUUAUUUUCGACGAGGUAUUUGUAUGAGAUCAGUUUGACCACUAGCCAGACUAUUACCGUAAACAAACAGAGACCAAAAGUUAAGUUCUGCCCAGACGCAUAACCCCGACAAUGCACUUGCGUCCGAUGAAAGGUAUAAGCCGAUAAAAACAUUUCUCCCACUAGUGAACAUCAGCAGAUGGUUUAAAAACAGCCGAUGAUCACAGUAGCGCCUCACUGCAGAACACGACAUCCAGGGGGCGGGGUUGGUUCAGAUCCAGGGGCGGAGCUGGAUCCAGAACCAGAGAUCUCUUCCCACUGCAUUUUGAUUGGUCGCCAGUUUACCACAAGACACGUAGUUCACGUGUUGUUGCGUUACCAUUUCCGCAUUGAGUCGUAACAAAA